AUGACAAAUUUCGGGAGCACCCAAAUCCAGUCUGUCAUGCUGUUUGGACAAAGAAGACUGCUCCCGUCAUGCUACUCUGGCAGCACAUUGCAUAGAACCCCUAAACAGGCUUACAAUCGGCCUCAUUUGCCUGUCCCCCAAUACAGGCCUUCGGUGCCCUGCAUUUUAUGCAUCACAAGUUUUUCGAUUUUGUCGAUUUCGAUCCUGACACACCCAUAA